GAAGAGGAACGUCUGAGAAAUAAGAUCCGAGCAGAUCAUGAAAAGGCUCUGGAAGAGGCUAAGGAGAAAUUGAAGAAAUCACGGGAUGAGAUUCAAGCUGAGAUUCAGACAGAAAAGAACAAAGUAGUGCAAGAGUUGAAAAAGAAAGACAGCAAGCCACUGCCCCCUGUUCCUUUACCAAAUCUUAUAGGGAUAAACAGCGGAGAACCAGCAGACCCGGAUAUCCGAGAGAAGAGGAACAAAAUUAAAGAGAUGAUGAAGCAUGCCUGGGACAAUUAUAGACAAUAUGGAUGGGGACAUAAUGAGCUCAAACCAAUUGCCCGGAAAGGACAUUCCACCAACAUAUUUGGAAACUCACAAAUGGGUGCUACCAUAGUAGAUGCAUUGGAUACUCUUUAUAUCAUGGGACUUCACGACGAAUUCAGAGAAGGACAAGAGUGGAUUGACAAAAAUCUUGAUUUCAGUGUGAAUUCUGAAGUCUCUGUUUUUGAGGUCAAUAUUCGCUUCAUUGGUGGUCUUCUAGCAGCAUACUACCUUUCAGGACAAGAGGUUUUCAAGAUCAAAGCAGUGCAACUGGCAGGAAAACUUCUUCCAGCCUUCAACACACCUACGGGUAUACCAUGGGCAAUGGUGAAUCUGAAAAGCGGUGUGGGUCGAAACUGGGGCUGGGCUUCUGCCGGCAGCAGCAUCCUCGCUGAGUUUGGUACUCUGCACAUGGAAUUUGUCCACCUCAGCUAUUUGACAGGGGAUCCUGUAUACUACAACAAGGUCAUGCACAUUCGGAAAUUACUUCAAAAAAUGGAUCGUCCUAAUGGACUUUAUCCAAAUUAUUUGAAUCCAAGAACAGGCCGGUGGGGUCAGCAUCACACAUCCGUGGGCGGGCUGGGAGACAGUUUUUAUGAAUAUUUAUUGAAAGCCUGGCUUAUGUCAGACAAGAUGGACACGGAGGCAAGGAAAAUGUACGACGAUGCAAUUGAGGCCAUAGAAAAACAUCUCGUCAGAAAGUCCAAUGGUGGACUGACCUUCAUUGGGGAGUGGAAGAAUGGGCACCUUGAAAGAAAAAUGGGCCAUUUGACCUGUUUUGCAGGGGGAAUGUUUGCCCUUGGAGCAGAUGGUUCCAGAGAUGAUAAAGCUGGACAUUAUUUGCAGCUUGGAGCUGAAAUUGCACACACAUGUCAUGAGUCAUAUGACAGGACAACAUUAAAGCUGGGUCCUGAAGCAUUCAAAUUUGAUGGUGGCGUAGAGGCAGUGGCAGUGCGGCAGAAUGAGAAGUAUUACAUCCUAAGACCAGAGGUGAUUGAAACCUACUGGUAUAUGUGGAGAUUCACCCACGAUCCCAAGUACAGGCAGUGGGGCUGGGAGGCAACACAGGCAAUUGACAAGUAUUGCCGGGUCAGUGGUGGCUUUUCUGGCGUCAAGGAUGUUUAUUCCUCAUCUCCUACAUAUGAUGACGUACAGCAGAGCUUUUUUCUUGCUGAAACUUUGAAGUAUUUGUAUCUGCUUUUCUCCAAUGAUGACCUUCUACCAUUAGACAACUGGGUUUUUAACACGGAAGCUCAUCCUCUGCCUGUUUUACAUUUAGCCAACACCACACUGUCAGGAAAUCCUGCAUAUCGAUAAAAACAGCUCUAUGAAGAGGAAGAGAGACUGUUUUCAGCUCUGUUUUGUUUACAUGGACCACUUGAGACUUUAAGCAGGAGAGGAGACAGACACUUGAUAAAACUAGACCUCUGAGUCAAGCAAAUACUGGCGUGAGAAGCAAAGCUCUUCAGCAUAUAGAUAAGUUAAAAGUUCAGUUUUAUACAUGACCAAAACACACUAGUGUGGUAUUUGCGGGACAGAGACUUCACGUGCUUUGAACCCUAGCAAGACAUGGAAUCUACUGCUUAAUAUAAAUGUAGCAGCAUAAGGGAGAAGAGGCUUUCCCGUCCAGGGAGAGGAACUUGCUGCUGCUGCUGUUCGCUGUUGCAAGGAGCAACACAUCAGUCACCUCUUCAGAUCGGGUGGGUUCCAAAUAUCUAGAUUUUUUUCGUUUGUUUGUUUAUUUGUUUGAUGAUGGCAUGAGCAAAACAACAACAAAAAGCAACAUCAUUGCACCAGCAGCAUCAGGAUGUGAAUUUUUUUUUCUGUACCUGUCUGAAUUUUCUAAGGAGCAUCUGUUUGUCCAGACUGGCAGCCAUUCUCAGGGACUCAAAGCUAAACUCUAAACUCUAAAAACUAUUGCCUCCUCAUUUUUCCUUUCCAAAAUAAUGGUGAAAGAUCUGCGUUGUAUGCUUACAUCCAAAACAACAAUUAGUAAGCAUUUGGUUUGUAGUUCACUGUCAGUAACGUGGGCUUAGUUCAUUUGGCAAGCUGCAGUCACAGUCUGGAGCAUAUCGCAGGGGUAGGAAGGAGUCUGAGUUUCACUUCCUCAGAAAUCCUGUCACAUGGAAGAAAACACUCUCUUAUUAGUCCUGGUUCUUUUAGCUAAAUAAACAGAGAUGACAACAUGAGAAAAACAGUCUCUCAUGAUUUAUAUAGGAGGAUACAGUUUAUGGCACCUAAAAAUGCUCCCAUAGAGAUAAGCAGCAGGAGUUUGUUGCUUUAUAUUUUUUCACACAAUCUGGAUUUUUCCUAAAAGUGAAAUUUCAUUCUUUGGAUGCUAUUCACAGAACCUUCUUUGCAGGUAUUUGUAUGACAGAAACUUCGAACUGCCUUUGAUUUAGUUUACAAAACUCCUUUUUUUCUGGGCGCUCCACUAAAAAGCUAACAUGAUCGUCUUUAGAAGGAACAUAACAUCUCUUACAUAUGGGUGGAAAAAGAAACUGAAGAGUCUCUUCUUCCAUUACUUUAUGAGGAAUGAGAUGCUGCUACCUACAUGUUUUUUGUGUUUUUUUUUCAAAUAUUCCUAGGCAGGGCUAGACAGUAUCACUUAAAUGGAGUCUGUUUCAGUCUUCACUUACUUGUUAAAAGAAGUUUCAUAUUUUUGAUGAAAUAAAAAUCUCAAAUUAUCUCAAUCUCCUUUUUUUUUACUGUUGUUCCAGAAUCCUUACAGCUCAAAUUAUUCUUUUUACUCCCCUUUAUAGCUCUCAAAAUCCUUUUGCCAUAAUGACUGACCCCUUUGCUGAAAAAGAGCUGUGAGGUACUACUUUCCCUCCUAAUUAGUGCACAGGUUGAGUCUUAAAAAAAAAUAUUGAUUGUGUUUUCAUACUGCAGUGAGUAGAAGAACUCUUCAGCGAGCUACAGCAAUACAGCAUGAGAUAUAAAGGGAGUGAGUGUUGUUUGUCCCACUCAAAAAAUGUUCUUAUAUGAAGAUUUAUAUAUAAAAGCUUUUAUCUCUGUCAUAAUAAAUCUGACUGUACAUUACAGUAGAAUUUCCCCCAUAAAAUCUUUCUGUACUUGUCUUUGACACUAACUUAGACAUAGAAAUCACACAAUCUAAGAAAAAAUGCUAUGAAAUUCUGUUUUCCAGACAGUUGCUUUAGUUUAAGAGGAGGCAACUCCAAUCUCAAUGUUUUACCUUAAUACCAGUUACCUAGUUACUGUAAUUUGCAGCAGUACCUUAAAAAUGAUUGAAGAACUGAUAAAGUAAUUGAACUAGGAAAUAAUACUAAAUCAAAUAAUUGUUUAUUUAAAAGUAGAAGUAGCUUAAUAAAUGGAUUCCUCUUACUGGUCCCACAUAAAUUUCUUUUUCUAAUUAGUAUUCAGUGAGUUACUGAAGAGCUAGUCAUUUUCCAUUUUCCAAAGUUCAGAUAUGUUUUCAAAUCGAGUUUCUCCCAUCCCAUGAAAAUUGUUACUAGUUUAAAACUGCACUCAGUUCUCUUAUUCUCCUAAAUCUGUCUGGGUACAAAGGAGAAAGAGGAAAAGCAGACUCUUCUGUUAAAAAAAAAAAAAGAGAGAGAGAGAGAAAGAAAAAGGGCACUUUCCACCCCAUAUACCCAUCCCCAUACACCAUCUGAUAAAUGCAGAUCAGAUGUAGAAUGGCUGCCAGUCUGUUCAGAGGAAGGACAGAAUUCUGGAGUCCCAGAAACAGCAAACUUCUUAACACUGCUGCUCUUCCAUCCCCUUCUUGUGAAUCAAAGAGCGACCCUUCAGAUUAAUUUCUUCAUGAAUCCCAAUGGGUUAACUCACUGCCACAAGAAUGCUUGAAUUGAGGACCUAAGCCAUUUCAUGUUAUGAGAUGGUAUUUUUCUCAAAGCAGAUGUACAGUACUGCUAUUUCUUUGUGUAGACAAGCAGCAGGUACCAAAUAAAGGACACUUGUUUCUCAUUUUCCAGUUACCCCAACAGCUGUCAGUUUCUACUCUAUCACUCUUUAAAAUGCAAACUAUCCUUUUCCUCCAGAAGCUACUGAUGUGCAUAGUCUAUCAAUAAUAAUGUAUUUUAAGGACUAAUUUCUGUGUCAUUCAUGAAUCUCUCCAUCCUGAGAUUUCCUAGAGCAAGCUGAGUUUUGAGGUAAUGGGUUCUGGGUGAGGUGUGUGCAUAAUAACCAAGCACCACGGAUGUUGAAACUUCUGACCGAAGUGACGUGCCUCAUUCCAAGUACUUCACAGAGAAGUAGGUUCUGAUCUGCAGAACGGCGUUAUGUGCAACCCAAAGUUCAGACUGUUUUCCCUCUGGGUACGUAAGGUACAGUAGAAUAUUGCCAUUUUCAUUCUGUUGCUGCUGUCUUACAUACUUUCAUGAAGAUAGAGUGUAAAUUUAAGCACAAAAUGACUUUUUAGUCCUAGUUGUUUCCGAGUCUUGCACUGUAUUCUCUAACAAAGCAAUCCUCCUUUUCUUAGGUAGCUGUCCCAUUUUAGCAAUUUCUACAAUACCCUCUUAUCUUACAGAAUGAAAUAAAGAACAGAAAAUCAUAUACAUUUUUGGCACACUGGAUUUGGGCAAGAGCUUGGAAAUCCCAGAUUUGUCUAUUUCCUUUGCAUACAGUCAAAACAGGGAUGUUCAGUUCUUUUCCUAAUCCAAGCCUCAAGCUUGCCUGUUGGUCAGGAUCUGCUAGCAGUAGAUUUUUUUUUUUUCUAACACAGCUUGACUUUUCAAAGAAGCCGGAUUUCUUCAGCUUCCAUUGACCACCCUGGAGCUGUGUGUGUCCUGCAGUCAAGAAGUCAACUUCUUAGCUUUGUCCUCUAAAAACAAAACCUUUGAAUGAUAUUCUGGGUGUUCAUUUUAAUGCACAAUUUAGUGCUUAAAACUGAAUGUUUAAGAGAAGUAUGGAAAAUAGUACGUAUGCUGGAGUAAAGGGAAAAGCAGGUAGUUCCCUGUGCCAGUCACACCUUUGAGGCUCCUUUAGCUCCCCUACUCCAAAUUUGUGGAUCACUGUCUUCUACCUCCCAGUCACUGACACUCCCACCCAGUAUUUUAGAAAAUUUGAAUUUUGAGUAUCUAGGUUCUGAAAAGUGAAAAUAAUGACACACUCACUGUAAUAUCAUCCUUUAAGGAUAAAUGUCUACCCUGUGCUGAUACACAGCUAAGCACAUCUCUGUCAGACAGUCCUUUAUGAUCCCCUCUUGUCCUGAUGAAAUAUUACAAACUUUCAUCAUGUGACUCUCCCUAGAUUGAAUGGAGAAGUGGUUAAUAGCAUUAACAUUGAAAGGAUUGACUAUGUAACCUGGCAUCCACAGAAAAUGGUGAGGCAGUUUACAUCUCAGGGCUGUAGUAACAGGCUUUUAGCAAAUAGAGCCUGAUAUGGAUGUUAGUAAAUCUAGUCCGUGUUUUUAAGGGGACAAAUAAGAAACAGGCUUCUUGUUACCAGAGAAAAAUGAAAGCAAGCUCUUGAUCCACACUGUAGUUCAGAGAUCUGUUCACCCUGAUAAGACAUCCCUCUUUCAGUCCUUGAAUUUUGAGAAACAGUCUUCUGACUCAAGAGUUUGAGUUGCCAUACAAAGAGGAAACCCAAGCUCUUUUGCAAGUUAUGUGCAUUCAACUGUAGCAGAGAUGAUAAGCACUAGCUGCUUUGGCUGUCAGCCCCUUCUAACAAAGUGCUCUGUAAUUGCCCAGAAAAGUUGGGAACCACCAAAGUCAAAGGAGACAGCCUGACUUCUUAGGGUGAAUUGUUGCCUUUAAUCCUAAUUGCUUGGUGGAAGUUGGAUUUGCAUUCUGCCUUUAUUCUUGCUUUGUCUAAAACUGACAGAUUAUUUUUCCUCCAAAAUAAUAAAAGGGCAAAAGUCUGUCUUCUGAUGUGGAAACCUUCUGCCUCUGACCUGGAAUCCUGCAUAUGUACUUUUUACAGAUUAAAAAUAAUAUUGUAUAUUAAAAAGAUUGAAUAAAGAAUGUCUUUAAGUGAAAAA